UAACGUAGACAUAAAGUCAUAUACAGAGAUGCUUGAAGGUUUGUUUGGGGUGAACUUUAAUGAAUGUGCAGGGUUAAUUACUGCGGUUGUCAUGGAGAUACAGUAUGAGGGGACAUUAGCUGACUCUGUCGUCACUCGGCUUAAUGGACUUCACUGACAGCAUGUCGGAGGGAGGAAGGCGAACGACGGAGGCUGUGUUCACUCAGCUGCAGGGGAAUAUAUUCAUCGACUCAGGUUCCUCUGGGCCUGAAGAUAUUUUCGACGAGGACUGCUACUCUCCGUCCUCCCUGUCCUCCUCCUCCUCCUCCUCCGUCCCCACGGUGGCCUUUCUGCCGGGCAGGACCCUGUGCACGUCCUGCGGCCUGGAGAUAGAGGACCGGUACCUCCUCAAGGUGAACGACUUGUGCUGGCACGUGCGCUGCCUCUCAUGCAGUGUGUGUAAAACAUCUCUGGGGCGACAUGUGAGCUGCUAUAUCAAGGAGAAACAAGUUUUCUGCAAACUCGACUACUUCAGGAGGUAUGGGACGCGCUGUGCCCGCUGUGGACGUAACAUCCAUUCCAGUGACUGGGUGCGUCGGGCCCGAGGAAGCACCUUUCACCUGGCCUGUUUCUCCUGCACCUCGUGUAAGCGCCAGCUUUCCACUGGGGAGGAAUGUGGGCUUCUAGAGAACAGGGUCUUCUGCAGACCACACUAUGACAUCAUGAUGGAGAGUAUCAAACGGGCGAAGGAAAACGAGCAACCAGGAGACGAGGAGGAGGUGGAAGACAAAGAAGAGUCCAGCACCACACCCAGACCCGCCAAGAGGGCCAGGACCAGCUUCACUGUUGACCAGUUACAGGUAAUGCAAACUCAGUUUGCUAAAGAUAACAACCCAGACGCCCAAACUCUCCAGAAACUGGCAGAGAGGACCGGUCUGAGCCGCAGGGUUAUUCAGGUGUGGUUUCAGAACUGCAGAGCUCGUCAAAAGAAAUACAUCAGCCCGCAUCCCGCCUCCUCAACCAUGAUGACAUCACUAGCUCCUGGUCAGCUGACACCACCUCGGAUGGAAGAUCUGCAAUACACAACCUUUAUUUCUCCAGAUACGCCGCUGCUCACCACCCUGACUUACAUGGAUGUUCAGAAUCCAGACCCUCUCCUACUUCAGCCACUCAUCUCUCAUUCAUUGACCCAGCUGCCCGUCAGCCAUGCUUGAGCCCCGCCCACCUCAUGAAGACGUCCAACAUGUUGAUUUGCUGACAGGAGGAAAAAGAGCAAAUCAAAACUCUCCACUGAAGGAAAUCAAAGGAUUGAAUGACUUGGAUUCACUUUAUUUCUAAGGGAAAUCAAAACACUUAAUUAAAACAACUUAUGUUUGUUUGAUGUUUAAGCAAUACAAAGAAUGUACUCUUUAAGUUACUGAAAUAAUUUCCUUCAAAAGUGUGUAUAUGAGAUGAACCUGAGUUCUUAUCUAUGUUGUGUUUAUUUUGUCUUUAAUUUAUUUGGAGAAUUUAAAAGGAGAUGGCACUUUGUGGAAAAUAAUGUAAAGUGAGUGAAGAUGUUGUUUUCAGUUUAUUUAAAGUUUAUGUUUUUGGGGUAACAGAAAAUGUCGCUCUGGCUUCCUUACAGACACGAUCGGAUUACGUCUCUUGUGUUAAAUCAUAUUCAGAAAAUAAUAAAAAUCCACCACAGAUCAGACACCAGCGGCACCACUCUCCACCGCCAGAGGCCAAGUCUGUCCUCCUUAAAACAUGCACACGUCUCAUUUCCCAGGAUGCCUUUCUGUAGAGUAUGUGUUUAGGAUGGAUUAAAAGAAAUGUAUAAAUGAGUUCCUUUACUGGGAAUGUUGGAUGACACUUUGAGCUAUGCAUGAACUGCACACUGGGAAUAAAUGGUCUGUUACAUUAGAUAAUUGAAAAACUGGAGAUUAAGGUUCAUGGCUGCAGCACGA